AUGUCGUCUGCUCAAUUGCCUGCUCCCGGCGAGCAGAAGGAUCGAAAGACCAGUGUAUCCCCAGAUCAACAACAACAACAAUCACCAGCUGAUCCUGUGAAUACGGAUGGUGCAAAGUCCAAGAAAAAGAAGAAGAAGAAUAAAAAGAAGAAGAAGAACAACAGUUCCACCGAGAAUGUUCAAGCUACUGCUGAAACUGUUGAUAAUGAUGAUGCUGAAGAAGUGGAGUCACCAGUUGAGCCACCAACAGUUGUUGCUGAUGUACAAUCAAAAGCCGAUACAGUGGAAGUGGAACAAGUUCCCGAAGCUAACCAAAUCGCAACUCCAAUUGAACCUUCUCCAGUUGAACAGCCUAUUGAAUUGCCACCAACUGCUCAAGAAAUCAAAGUGGAACCAGAAGUUAUACGAGCAACUGAAUCGGAGAAUGUUGAAUCACAAGCGGAGCCAACAAUAGAACAAGAUCAAGUACAAACCUCUAUAGGUGCAUUAGAGCCAAUUGUUAAAGAUGAAGAAGUUGUAAGUGCUGCAUUAGCUGAAACUGUUGAAGAUAUCAAAGAUUCUGUUCCAGAUGAUACCUUGAAACCUGAAGCUCCAAUACUAAGUGAUGUUGGUAAUGUUGAAGAGAAAGAUCAAAUACCUGUUGAAACUGCAUUGGCUGAAACCGUGGAUGAAAUAAGAGAGACUGUUCCAGAAGAUGUGUUGAAACCUGAUUCUAUAACUACUGGUGAUAAAGUUGUUGGGAUUCAACCAAAUGAUCAAAUACCCGUUGAAACAGCACUAUCUGCCACUGUUGAAGAGAUAAAGGAAACAGCACCUGAAGAGGUGAUAUCUGAUCAUAGCUCAAAUGUUCUAAACAAUGAAACUGGUCAAGUUCAACCAAAUGAUGAAAUACCUGUUCAAGCUGCAUUGACUGAAACUAUUAGUGAGAUUGAAGAAGCAUUACCAGAGGAAAUUUUGAAACCACAAGAGCCUUUAAAGCAAUCAUCAAUAAAGAACACGGAGGACAAGGUACCUGUUGAAACUGCAUUAUCUGAGACUGUUGAUGAAAUUAAGGAAAAAGUUCCAGAAAGUGAUCAAUCUGUCGGUAAAACUGUCUCUGAAGCUACAGUUCCAGCUAAAGAACAAGCCUAUAAUGAUGAUCCAUUUGGAGCAACAGCUGCUGAAGAACAAUCACUACCAUGGGAGUCUGAAGUUGAUCAACAUGCAACGGUCGAACCCACCCAAGCUACUGCUACUGCUGAAUUAUUUGGUGGUAAUGAUGGUGGUGAAUCUUUGCCCUGGGAAGCUACAAAUGAGCAAGCUAAAGAAAUUGAGUCUGCUGAUCAACCAAAGACAGAGGACCCUUUCGCACAUAUAGACAAUGAUGAGACAUUGCCAUGGAACGAACCCGAAGUUGAGUCUCAUGAAGUUCAAACAACGAAGGAUGAAACUGAGGUAGCUACAGCUUUAUUUGGUGAUUCAAAAGUUGAUGAUUUCAGUACUUUAAUUGGCGCAGAAUCGAAUGUUGAAAACUCGGAUACCCCAAUUCAGUUGCCAGAAACAACAGAAGAAGAAAUUGUCAAUCCAGCAGAACAACAUGACUUGUUUAGCUCAUCUGGUAAUGAUGAUUUUAGUGCAUUGAUUAGCGGUGAGGCUUCAAGUUCUGCAUCUCAAAGCCAAGAGCCUGGUAAUGAAAACGCGACUACAGAUAAAACUGAAGUGAAACCAAAAAAAGGUCUUUCAUUUUUAGAAUUGGAAAUGGAAUUGGAUGAUGAUUUGUUAGAUGACGAUGCUUUGCUUCCAGAAGAACCAGCUCAUUCAGUUCAAGUACCACAACCAACUCAUCAAAAUAAAUAUCAGCCAGCACAAUCUCAACAGUUUCAACAACCUCAGCAGCGUGCAAAUGCUUACAACCCUUACGCCGCUUCAAAGACGAACCAGUUUGCUGCACCACCACCACCCCAAUCACAUCUUGAUAUCAAGAAAUUGAAUGAAAACAAAAAGAAGUCUGAUGCUUAUGAUUUUCCAGUUGAUUUGGUCCCACAGAAAGUUGCAAAACCUGCUCGUACAAUAGGUCAGAACCAAUUUGCUCAACCUCAUUUGUUCACUCCACUACAAUCUGCUACAACACCACCUCCACCAAGUCAUGUCCAUGUGCCAAAUGUUCCUCUGAACAGAGGCUCAUCUGUACCACCUUCUGGUCCCUCUCAAGCUCCUCCAUCUUCUUCCAAGCCACCUACUAUGAAGAAAAAACAAUCAUCUUUCUUCGAAGAGCUACCCAUAUUACCUCCUGUUGCUCCAGCGAAAGCUGUAAGAAGUACCUCAUUUGCUUCAUCCAGCUCAUUUGAUAGUGGAUUUAAUGGACCUCAACCUCCUGCUGGUUAUCCACAACAUGCUGCACCAACUCCACCACAAAAUCCUUAUGCCAUUCCUGCAAAACCACUUGGACCUCCAAAGAUUCCUGCUUCAACCAACAGGUAUGCACAAUCAACUUCACCGCUCAUUAAUCAGGUUUCACCGGCUAUUCCUCCACAAAAUAGAUAUGCAACUCCUCAACAACCUCAACAACCUCAAUUUGCACAAUCCCCAUAUGCACCACCAGUCAUUCAACCAGCUCAGUAUGCUCCUGUUGCUGCUGCUCCACCAACCGGUAAACCAAGCAGAUAUGCACCAGCCUCUCAACCUCAAAUUCCACUUGCACAACCAAAUGUUUCAACAUUUACUCCUGGGAUGAAUCAAAUUCAACAACGUCGUGCUUCACUAAGCCAACAGCUUCCAGCUCCAGGCUUACCUCAACCUCUGCUUCAACAACAACAAGGUGUACAACAGGUAUUCUCACCUAAUUUGCAACAAAGUGUUCCAAAUGUUCCGAAAUACGGCCCUGGUGCUUCAUCAUUUGCUCCAAACACAAAUUUGGCACCACCUAUUGUGAAUACAAAUAAUGCUGGAUUAUCACCAACUCAAAGUAUCAUAUCGCCAAGUACGCCUGCUGCUUCUAAAUAUGCACCAAUUAACCAUAGAAGACAAGCUAGCUCAACUGCUAACCAAUAUGAUCCGUACAGUCUGGCUAAUGUUCAACAGCAUCAACAACAGAAGUCUCUACACCCACCCACACAACCUGCUCAGUUACCAAUUUCACAACAACAACAAUUUCAUCACCAAAGUCAUGUUGCUCCACCACACCAUUUUCAUCAACAGCUGCCUCCAGUUGCGGAAAAAGUUGCAAAUCCAGAGCAGUUACUGAGAAGACAAUUUCCAUUGUUUAGCUGGGGUAGUGGUAAAAAAUUGACAUAUUUGAUUCCUUCAAAUUCAUACAUGCAAGCAAACAUCAAUAUUGUUGAUGCUGAAAAAGUUUUGCAAGAUGUUGCUUUGAAAGAGUUUCCAUCAAUUAGUAAAAAGAAUAUUUCAGCUAUUGAAACUUUCUUGGAUAAACAAAUUCAGAAUUUGAGUGCCACAUUGUCAUCUCAAGCUGAAGAACAUGAAUUAUUAUUGGCUCAAGUCUUAAAGUCAAAAUUGUCUAAGUCUGCUGAACCAUUCAAUUUGGGCGGUGCUUUUAAUUAUGUUGAAUCUGGUCCUGCAUUUAAAGAAAGACGCCCAACAAUUGAUGCUAGUAAUAAAUUGAGUAAAAGACAAUUGGUUGCUUUGAUCUCAACUGGUCAGAAAGAACAAGCUUUAGGUUUAGCUUUGUCAUAUCAAGACUAUGCAUUAGCUAUGUUGAUUGCAGGUGCUAUGAAUAAAGAUACUUGGUUGAAUAUAGUGAAAGAAUUUUUGGCCCAUGAAUUUAGUGGUGAUCAUGACAAUGUUUUGUCAAUAUUGUUUCAGAUCUUAUGUGGUGAUGCUAAAAGUGUUAUUGAUGAAUUCAGAGCAGACCCAAACAAGAAAUCGUGGGCUCUUACAAAUUGGAAAGAGUUAACAAAUGCUGUGUUGGCUAAUGCGCCACUUUCACUUGCUCAGUUUAUUAAUGAGUUUGGUCAUUUUUUGAUUGAAAAUGAACUUGUCAUACCUGGUUAUAUUCUAUUCAUUUUAGGUGAUGCUCCUGUUUCCAGUUUCCAAGCCAGUAAAUCUGUUCGCUUCACAUUAUAUUUGGAAAUUUAUGGUCUAACACUACAGGAAAAAGGUGUUGCUUCAGAUUUAUCAUCUGUUCUAUUGCAGCAUGCUUAUUAUUUAGCAGACUAUAAUUUGUUGACUGAUGCCCAAAGAUAUUUGGAGACUGCUACUGCUUCAUUCAAAGCUUCAAAAGGUGUUCCUGUUAAUCCAAAACUGAUGUAUUCAGCUAAAUUGUUGAGUGAAAGAUUAUCCGGUGCCGGUGUAUCAGAAGGUAGUUGGUUUGGAAGACCUAAAUUGGAUAAAGUUUGGGGUACCUUGGAUAAAAGUUUGAAUAAGUUCAUUGCUGGUGAUGAAGCCACAAAAUCAAGCUCGAAAGACGGUGGUGUUUUCAGCAAAUUUAGUCCAAAUGUUUCGAGAACUUCUUCAUAUCUUUCAUUACAGGCAGCUGGACAACAACAACAACAAUACCCAGCCUCACAUAGACAACCGUCAACAUCUGCUGCUGUUCCACAUCGCCCAAGCAUUUAUGCACCAAUUGGCGUUUCUAGUGAGAAUGAUACGUUCCCUACUACCCGUGUUCCAGCACAUGUUGCUUCACAACCACCUAGUGCACCAUUCACUCCACUAGCUUUGAAGAAGGCUGAAUCAAAGCCUGAGUUGAGGUCCACUGAUCUAUUGAAAGGUCCAAAGCCACCACUUCCAACAAACCCUUAUGCACCAGGAGCUGCUGCUUCUUCGCUCGCUCAACCUCCAAAAAUCGGAGCUCAUACUCCUUUGUCAAGUCGUGGAAGUAGCCCAAGAGCAUCUUUGGCUGAUUUAUACACAACUUCUUCGCCAAACUCAAGACCUUCCAGAUAUGCUCCAGCUGCUAAUGAUGAAACUUCUAGAAGAUCAUCCAUUCAUUCAAAUGCUAGUGCUCACUUGAAUGAACCACCAUUUGCUUCAAAGUCCAGUGUCUCAGCACCAUUGAAAACUUCAAAGAGUUAUGCACCACCUUCAGUUUCAUCAGUCUCUGCUCCAAUUCAACAUACACAGUCAGUGGAUCAGAUCUUACCAUCAAAAGUGGGUCCUAAUGCAUAUAAACCACCUAUUGCGAAGUCACCAGCUCCUUUGCAUCCUCCAACGGUGAGUCAAAUUCCAUCACAGAAUCAUUCUCCUCAAGCACUUCACCCAGCUGUAAAGUCUGUUUCAACUCCUCCAAUUUUGAGACAAAACAGCAAUGCUUUACCACCUCCUCCAAAAUUCAAUCAAUAUGCACCACCUCCUGCUCCACAAUCUCCUGGCUCACAAAGCCUCGAGCUAUUAUCAGCACCUCCUAAACCUCAUGCUGUUGAGCCUCAAGUUGAUGCACCAGUUGAUCAAGCUCCACAACUACCUGCACAGCCUGUUGUCACAAAUGAGAGUUACUUACCACCAACUGCUCCUGAACAAGAUCUUGACGAAAUAAGACAAGAUGAUAAAGAGGAAAAUUUCCCAGGAGAAGAAGCUUUGGAUAGACAAGUUGAGCUAACAACUGAAGAGGAACAUGCUGUUGAAUUUGAUGAACAAGCACAAGAGGAAACCGUUGAGGGUGAUGUUCAUCCAGAAUUAGGUUUUACUGAGGGCAAUAGAGUUGAAAGUGAAGAAUUUGAUGUUGGUCCUUCUAACGUUACACAAUAUGAUGCUCCUACAGAAGAUGAGGUUCAUGAACCGUCACCAAAAUCAGCAGAGGUGCAAACUGUUAAACCAAAAGAAGAAAUAGAGCAGUUAUCAUUUAAUGCUCCACCUUCUUAUAAACCACUGGCCCCUGUGAAUCCUUAUGCUCCUCCACCAUCAAAUAAGACUUAUUCUGCGCCUUCUAAUCCAUAUGCUCCAACUCCAGCCCCACCACAGUCUGAAGAAAUCACCACUGCUAAUGAAGGUGCUCCAUUUGUUACAAGUCCACCACCAGUUUCCGGGCCUCCUGUUAAUAAAAGCUCACCAUAUGCCCCAAGAAACUCUGGCGCUCCAUCAAAGAGAAGUUCAUCAGCUAGCAAAUUUACACCAAGAUCUUAUACUCCUGCCAAUGCUACUCAUGAACCUGAAAACAUUGGUGUUUCUGGUGACAUUGAUUUCAAUGCAAUGGGUGAAGGUUAUGAACCACCUAAAGCUCCUGUUGAACCAAAAGUGGAAGUUCCUGCUUCAAGUGCUCCGGUUUCAGAACCUAGUCGUAAUGUUUCAGUUUCAAGUUAUUCUCCAUAUGAUUCUAGACGUGAAUCUGUUGCUUCAAACCCAUAUGCCCCAGCUUCAACUAUUCAGACCCCUGUUGAAUCGAAGUUCAAUCCAUAUCAACCAAAUGGGCUAGAUUCUAGCGGUCAAUCAUUUGAUGGUGUAUCUAGUGGUGCUCCAACUUUUAAUGCCCGUCAACAGUCACAAUUCAGUCCUUUACAACCGGGUACUUUAUCUCAAAAUUCUACAAUUUCAACAACUUAUGAACCACCAUCUGCCAAGAUUACUGCUUAUGAACCUCCAAAGACUAAUAAUAUCAGUAAUAUUCCAGAGGAUGAUGAAUAUUAUGAUGAUGUUGUUGAUGAUGAAGAUGACGAUGACGAGGAUGAAGACGAUUCAGAUGAGAAAAAGAGUUCGAAGAAGGAGCGUAAGGCUUCACUUAGUAAGAAGGAUUCAGAUCAAGAUCAAGCUGGUGGAUGGUUUGGUUGGUUACGUAAAGACAAGAAGAAUGAACCAAAAGUUUACCGUGCCAAACUAGGUGAAGAGAACAGAUUAGUCUAUGAUGAAAAAUUGAAAAGAUGGGUUGAUAAGAAUGCCAAACCUGAAGAUUUACAAGCAGCUGCUGCUCCUCCUCCACCUCCAGUGAUUAAGAAGAAACCAAGUUCAAUUAGUAAACCACGUUCAGAUUCUGUCAGUGAUGCUGGUUCGUUGAAAUCACCUGUUGCUUCAUCUGCUCCACCUUUAGGAGGUAAUGGAUUCAAUACUCCUUCAAAUGUUGGUUCUGCAACUGGUGCACCUUCUCCUGCAUUACCACCAUCAAGAAAGGUUGCAAGUCCAGCUGUUGCUAAUGAUUUAGAUUCAUUGAUGGGAUUAUCAAGUGCCGGUAGUGGUGCUGCAACAGGAAGAGGUAGAAAGAAGAGAGGUGGUAGGGCCUACGUUGAUGUUAUGUCUUUGCAACAAAAGAAGUGA